CAUUCCUCUCAGUGUUGGCUGUGAUCGAGCAUCAUAGGAAAGCCAUCAGUGUGCGUCAGUUCUGUGGAACCUGGGACACACACACCUCUCCCCUGCAGGUUUCGCCGUCCUGCUCUCACCUGAGCCGUCAUGGAUCUAAUGGAGUAGGGAAACGUGAGCUGUGGAGUUAAAAACUGUAGCACGCCAGGCUUCCAGGAAAACUGCUCCAACCAAGACUGCCAGGAGGAGGAAACAAUGACUGGAUUGAUCUUGUUAGUGUGUGUGACUCUGAUUGUGGUUCCACUGAUAAUCUUCGGCCUUCUUGGAAACACACUGACCCUUCUGGUGGUUUGGCUUCGCCCAAACAUGAGAAGCUCCGCCUAUCUCUACCUGAGCAGCAUGGCUGUUAGUGACCUGCUGUUCCUCCUGCUGCUGGCUCUGGAUCUAUAUAAGCUCUGGACAGGCUGGAAGUUAGGAGUCUGCGUCUGUAAGCUGACCAUGUUCCUGUCUAAGUGCUGCACCUUCUGCACCAUCCUCCACAUCACCUUUCUCUCCCUGGAGAGGUACCUGGUUGUCUGCUGGCCAAUCACCUCCAAGACGCUGGUGACACGUCGCAGAACCAGGGUUCUGAUUGGCUGCCUCUGGCUGGGAGCGGCUGUCAGUGCAGCACCAUUUUUGGUCAUGAUGGAAGUGGAUCAUGAGGAUAAAGAGGUUGAAAAUGAAGUGUGCAGAGAAUCAGAAUCCUCAUUAUCCUCAGGCCUCAUGUUGGCCAUGAUAAUUCUCUACAACCUGUAUGUCCUGGUAACCCUGUGCAUCCUGGGGCUGGUCUACAUCCUGAUUGGACGGACUCUGAGGCUCCGUCCACAAAGCAGCCGUAAAGACAAGAGUCACGGACACACAGUCAAGAUGCUGGCCUUCACAGUGUACCUGACCGAGGAAGGAGGAGUGAUCUUCUUGGCCUUCGUCCUGUGCUGGCUGCCCUACAUCGUCCGUCUGACCACGAGCUAUGGUUCUCAGAGAUCCGGUCCUAACAGUACAGACGUUUCUUUUUACCUGGUCACCUGGAUCCUCUCCCGCCUCAGUGCUGCCAUUAACCCUCUGGUGUACCACCUGAUGUCCACCAGGCACACGUAA